CGCCUCCUUCCGGCGGAGGCCCCGCCCACACGCGCGGCCCGCUGCGCCCGGGACCCAGGUGGAGCACGCUGGCUGCGCCAUGCCCCCUCUGGAGGCGAUCCGCUACUCGCGGGGCUCGCUGCAGGUCCUCGACCAGCUCCUGCUGCCCCAGCAAUGCCGCUACGAGGAGGUGGACUCGGUGCGCCAGGCCUGGGAGGCGAUCCGCGCCAUGAAGGUGCGCGGCGCGCCUGCAAUCGCGCUCGUGGGGUGCCUCAGCCUGGCCGUGGAGCUGCAGGCCGGAGCUGGGGGGCCGGGACUCGCCGCGCUCGUUGCCUUCGUGCGCGACACGCUGAGCUUCCUGGUCACCGCCCGGCCCACCGCCGUCAACAUGGCCCGCGCUGCCCGCGACCUGGCCGACGCCGCAGCCCAAGAGGCCGAGCGGGAGGGCGCCACGGAGGAGGCCGUCCGGGAGAGAGUGAUCUGCUUCGCUGAAGACAUGCUGGAGAAAGACCUCAAGGAUAAUCGGAGCAUUGGAGAUCUGGGAGCCCACCACCUCCUGGAGCGGGCAGCCCCCACGGGCAGCAAGGUGACCGUGCUGACCCACUGUAAUACUGGUGCACUGGCCACUGCUGGCUAUGGCACAGCCCUGGGUGUGAUCCGCUCGCUGCACAACCUUGGCCGCCUGAAGCAUGUCUUCUGCACGGAGACCCGGCCCUACAACCAGGGGGCCCGGCUGACAGCCUUCGAGCUGGUCUACGAGCAGAUUCCCGCCACCCUCAUCACCGACAGCAUGGCAGCAGCUGCCAUGGCUCACCGGGACGUGUCAGCUGUUGUUGUGGGAGCUGACCGUGUGGUUGCCAAUGGUGACACAGCCAACAAGGUGGGCACCUACCAGCUGGCCAUCGCCGCCAAGUACCACGGCAUCCCCUUCUACGUAGCUGCCCCCAGCUCCUCAUGUGACCUCCGUCUGGAGACGGGCCAGCAGAUCGUCAUUGAGGAGCGCCCCGGCCAGGAGCUGACCGAUGUCAACGGGGUCAGGAUUGCAGCACCCGGAAUUGGGGUUUGGAAUCCUGCCUUCGAUGUCACCCCCCAUGACCUCAUCACUGGCGGCAUCAUCACAGAGCUGGGUGUCUUUACCCCCAAAGAACUCCAGGCAGCCCUAAGCACCACCAUCUUGAGGGUGGGGACAUUAGAUGGACCCCAGAAGUAACCAACCCGGCUCUCCAUACCCUUCUCCAUCCCCCUAGGUUUUAUAAUAAAAUGUAUUGAAUAGUCUGCCCCAAAGCUGACCUUCCCCCAAUUACACUUCUUCCUAGAGCAGGGAUAGCAGACAGAGUCGUUGCAUGGCUCUUAAAAGUGCAGCAGCUGGAGACAGGCUACCCAAGUCCUAUCCCAGUUCUGCCACUCUCUGCUGUGUGAUCUUGGCCAAGUCACCUCACCUCUCCAUGCUGUGGUUUCCUCAUUUAUAACAUGGGGACAAUACCUACGGCCUUCUUAGGUUGCUCUCAGGACUGGAACUAGGGUAACACCUUAGGCACAAAAUUUUAAACGGGACACCAAAAAGCUUAGUAACCAGGAUAAUACUUUCAUGCAGUAUUUUUAAAAAUCAAAAUGAAUGCAAGAAAAAUACAUGAGCCCUAACUGGUUUGGCUCAGUGGGUAGAGCGUCGGCCUGCGGACUGAAGGGUCCCAGGUUCGAUUCCGGUCAAGGCCAUGUACCUUGGCUGCGGGCACAUCCCCAGUAGGAGGCAGCUGAUAGAUAUUUCUAACUCUCUAUCCCUCUCCCUCUCUGUAAAAAAUCAAUAAGAUAUAUUUUUUAAACAUCCUUAUUUUAAAAAGAAAAUACAUGAGGGACAAAAUACCAAGAUACUAAAUAGAAUGGAAGCCUACCUUUGCACACCUUGACCUUAACCUCUGAUACCAGCCCUUGUCCCAAUAAAACUUUAUUUGCAACAUCAGACCACCCAUCUACAAGCAGUAGUUAAGCGGCUUGAUUUUUUUUUAAUAUGAAAAUGUUACUUUUAAAUGUUGAAAACACUAUCUUGAUUACAGAAUUUUUGGGUACCCUUAUAUUUUGCACCAGUAAGUGCCUAACUCACCUCAUUUUAGUUCUGGACUGAAUUUUACAUACAAAGUGCAUAAAACUAUACGUUUUACAAAGCAUGAGCGCCCAGUGAACAUCAGUUUGUCAUUGUAACUUCCCUUUCAAGUUUUUGCCAAACGCUGUCAAUAAAGUACCGUCUUUGUCAGAACGCCAA